AUCGCUGGCAUAAGAGCAGAGAGCUCCGCGGGGAAGACGCCCACAGCAGGCGUUUUGUCUAUCCCGGUGGACCCGCAGCUCGCGCUCUCCUGAAACUCGAGUCGCCAGAGAAGCAUCAUGGGCUUCGGGAAGUCCUCCCCCUUCCUGGCUUUCAGCAUCUUGGUCCUGUGCCAGGCAGGCAGUCUCCAGGCGACACCACUCAGGUCUGCUUUGGAGACCCUCCCAGAUCCCGGGGCACUCAGCGAGAAGGAAGGGCGCCUCCUGCUGGCUGCACUGGUGAAGGCCUAUGUGCAGAGCAAGACCCGUGAGCUGGAGCAGGAGCAGGAGCAGGAGACAGAGGGCUCUAGCCUGGAUGGCUCCAGAGCUAAGCGGUGCAGUAAUCUGAGUACCUGUGUGCUGAGCGCGUACUGGAAGGACCUGAACAACUUUCAUAGAUUCUCUGGCAUGGGCUUCGGGCCUGAAACACCUGGCAAGAAAAGUGACAUAGCCAGCAGCUUGGAGAGGGACCGCUCCUCCCAUUUUGGGGUGCCCCAAGAUGCCAAGUGAACUCCUUCCUCUCCUUCCUGAUUUCCUUUCUUGCUCCCAUGGAUGAAGUUAAUGCAUGCAGAUUUUACCUGGAUUGCUCUUCAAGCUGGUAUUGGUAGCUUUGCUUAUGAUAGAGAAUGCUGGGGACCUCAGGAUGGAAAGAAAGAGAGCAGGACUCACAGACAAGGUUAGAGAUAAGAGAGUGAGGGAAGCUUCUGAGAUCCCAGAGAAUGUCAUGGCAGAGCCGUCCAAUUCCUGCUUCAUCCCUCAUGCCUCAUCAUUGAUGAAUAAACCUAUUUUCUAAAAGGA